AUGCUGGAGGAGAGGCUCACGAGCAUGUGUUCCCUGUUCAACACGUUGCAGCGCAAAGUGUCGUCCCUGCAAGCUGUGGCAAAGCAGCUGGCGACAUCUCAGGUCGUGGUGCAAGACGAAAGCAUCAUGGGCUUGGACCUCAUGUCUCUUCUGGAGACCGACAGCAGUGACAAGUAUCUCAACGAGGAAGCUAUUCCAAAGAUCGUAGUUGAUGCUGCUCAAGAAUUUGCCGAAGACAUGGGGUGUCCUAUGGCGGGAGAUUCUUGGCAGAAGCCGUUGCCAGCCCAGAUGUUUUUGAAGCACACGUAUUUCGUCUUGAAGGAUGUCCAAAAGGAAUUUCGAGACAGCCAAAGCAAGUACAACAAAGCGAAAGCGCAGUUUACCAACUUCGUGAGCAAAAUGGAUGCCUGGAAAGCAAAGAAACGAAAGUUGGCUGAGAGCGGGCUUGCCAAAGUUGCAGAGAGCCAGAAGGAAGAUUUUCGUGAACAACAUUUGGCAAGAAGAAAUCAGAUCAGCAGAGCCCGCAGAGGUUACAAGAAGGUCAAGAAGGUACGAUCAGAAGAAGGUCUUCCUGAGGUGCGCCCGGCACGGCGGGCUCUCACCAUCUUUGAAAAAAUGCAAAUCGUUCACUAUGCUGAAGAGCUGGAGGCGAAACACCAUGGCUUGGCUUCCAAAGUUCCGCUUCGCAGGGUCAAAGGCAAAAAAUCUUGCGUUGGCCUGGCUCUCAAGCCAAGGAAGAAGAAAAGAGGCGUCGACAUCCAGAGCCUUUGCAAAUUGAAAUUCGGUGAGAGAAUGGGCACGAUCAAAGUGUGCCUCCUGCGCAAAAGAGCUCGUGAACAAAAGUGGUUCUUGCUUCCUGAGUCACAGCAGAGAAAGAUGUACAGUUUGACUGACGAGGUGAAGCAAGCGUUGAACCUGGAGGCAAGUACCAUUAAAGGAUGGCGAACUUGGUCUGAAGAAGCGGCCAAGAAGCACAUUGAAGACAAGGGUAAGAUCCAAAGGUGGAAGGUUCCUGGAGAAGUGAUCAAGGUCGUGACGGCUUCGCGCCUUGCCCGAGACUACAAUGCAGGCUUGGAGGCAGCGCAAGAUGCAGUGGCUCUGCACAACGAAGAGAUGACAAGCGAGCUGGUCAAGAUUCAAGCCACAAAGGCUACCAUCCAACGGUGCCUUUUGCCGAUGCCUGAGGAGUGCCCUGUGCUGAAUCACCGAUGGUGCAGACGCUUUCUGCAGCUCAUGCGAUGGAAAAACCAGCCGGUGAACACAGCUGGAUCAUACCUCGAAUGGGCAGAUCCGCGAUUGGUUUCCUCUCGGAAAAAGCUUCACGAGCAUCUGGCUUCAGGCGUUCACAAGUUUUUGAUCUUGAACUGUGACCAAGUGUGGAGACAGAACCUCCGCCCCGGGAAGAACGUGAUGAUGAAAAAGCACCACAGAGAGAAGCAGCAUGGUGGAUUGAUCGCCCGGUUUGACAAUGUCAGUGGGUGCAGACUGUCGCUGACAGCUGUAACGAGUUCAUGGUCAGAUGGAAGCGCUGGCCCGCUCGGCCUAUGUUUUCCGACUGGCAUGAUACCAGAUCUGCAGGUCCGAGAGUUCAACCAAAGGCAUAGAGGCGAAUGCCUGUUGUUCUGCAGCGAACGGAAAACGCAUUUCAUGAAUGGAGAGACAUGGCUGGUUCUCCUGCAGCAACUUUACCUGGACGCCUUCAGCCUGCAACGCAAGAAGCAUGGCUUAGACAAAAGCCAUGCUGGUUUGCUUUUGGUUGAUGCUUGGACGGGAUAUCAUUCCCGUUCCACUGGCUUAGAUGCGGCAAGGGCAGCUUGGUCCGCGACUGCGAACUGCAGGCUCCCAGACCUACAGGUGGGAGGGUGGUCUGCUUGUUGCCAACCGGUGGAUCAACUGCAUCAUGUAUACCGUGCUCGGAUGGACAUGGCUGACACGGCCGAGUGCGGGUUCGUUGCAGACUUACGACAGAGGGAACCGUUUGCCCGCCUCGCCAUCAAAGCCAACGGGCAGCCUGCGCACAAGAAGGCUGAUGCCAAAAGCAUGCCAGAAAGGCCUCACAAAGUAUUCGCUGCAGCUUGGGUUACGGCUGGUUACUUUGAAAGCAAUCAUUUUCCAGAGUUCCCGAACAUGACCAACGCCGAAGCUCUCAAGACCCUCGACCCAAGCGGCAUGUUACGGUGCAUUGGAGCGCCCAGUGACUACGUGGAGGUUCCGCCAACAGACAAGCUGUAUUGGUCGGUCGUGAUUCCAGAUGAUGGCGGUGAUGGCUGCAGGUAUGCAAUCCUGCCCAGCCCGAUUGCAAUAGCAAUAGAGAGGCAUGUGUGCCAGCACAGACGGGAUCGCAAGCUUUUGGCCUGCAAGCAGCCAUCCGGAUGGAGGACAAAGCUCACCACAGUCAAUGGCCGCAAGAUGCAGAUCCAGUACAACAAGAAGAGGCAGCGCAUGGCAACGCAGCAGGAGAUCCAGAAAGAGGCCAAACACUUGGAAAAGCUUGAGCUCACCAUGGAGCUGGAUGACCCAGCUGCAGAACCAGAUAGCGUGGGGUCCUACUUCAUCGCUGGAGACAAGUACCCCAAGAAGAAGGUGGUUUUGAUCAAUACGAAGGAGCAGAUCAGCGGCUUGGAGAUGCUCAAAGACGCAUACGGUGAGGAAGACAAUGACAACGAAGGCUUCGAGGAGCAGAAUGACGAAGAUGAAGACAGCGAAAGUGAUCACGAUCACAUGCAACCACCUCCAGGGGCAGUACCUACCCAUCACCAAGAUGGACAUGUUGGCGUGGAUGAUGCAGGGGAGUCAGACGGUGAGGGAAUGAGCAGCGGCAUCAGUGAGGCCAACACUGAAGAUGACAAUGCAUGCGCAGAAUUGUCUGGCAGCGACGAGAUUGCAGAGGAGCAGCUCCAUCUUGAUCAGACAGCCCAGCCCAGUGAGAAGGCUGUCCAGCAGAAUCAGGCAGAGAACCCAGGCCGCCAAAGGAAGUAUCACCUGAGUGAGGUUUGGCAAAGGCUCAUCGCGCUCUCACAAGCACAUGGGUAUGCAUACACUGCGCUGCCCAACCUUGUGGGCCUUGGUGUGCACCGCCACCCAUCCAGUUCCUUUUGGUCUUGCCGUUGUCCUUCAGAGCCGUGGCAUACAUGCCGCUACGGCCCCGACAGAGAUGAGUUCACCGCCCUGCUGACCAUUUUGCGGCAUGUGAUCAAAUGCUAUGUUAGAACGGCGCCGCCGGACGCAGCAUGCUGGGAGAUGCAUCUGAAAAAGUUAGAGUCACUUCGUGAAUCUGAGUGUACAGGUCCUAUGUCAUCUGCACCAUAG